GAAAACAUCGUUCCGGUUGAGGCAACCAUCGUUCUCGGUUUGAGGGCAACCGGCACGUAAUACGGAAGACGUCGUAUUGUAAUCCUGAGAAGACCAACAAGCAGCAGUGAAGACAUCACUCCCGAUCCAGCCGUCCCUGACCAGCCGAAUAGGAGUUGACCCUGCUGAAGCGGAUCUGAACCACGGUUGUUCCGGCGAGGCAGAGCCGAAUAUCUCAGAUAUCACCAAAACAGAAUUGGUACGGUCCGAUUGGAAAAGGGCCCAGGCAAUCACACAACAAUAUUGGCGACGGUGGAUAGCUGAGUAUCUCCCAAAGCUCUCUAUACGAGAAAAGUGGACUCAACCGGCCAAACCAUUACAAAUAGGCGAUAUUGUCACGUUUCCCGAUGAACAAAGGAAAGGAAAGUGGUUUAAAGGCCGAAUCUGCGAGCUGGUAACUGGCGUAGACGGACAAACUCGUUCAGCACGAAUCAAAGUAGGUAAUAAUGUAGUUAAUAGGCCAACUGUAAAACUAGCAGUACUCGAGGUAAAACGAGAUCAAACAUUUCCAAAUUGGGGAAAAAGGAAGGAAACAAAUCUUAACGUUAUAAAAGCUAAAGCAGAAGAACUAGCAAGUCAAAUACCAAAAAGGAAAAAGCUCAAAAUUAGGCCCGUAUCAUGGAGCUCAUCCUUAAAAUAACAAUAUACAUAGCCGCUCUGUUUAAAGUCGAAUGCUUAUCGAUCGUACCUAUCCCUGAACCAGGAAUAUACUUUGAUCAUAUUGGGACACUCCUAUUGAAAAAAGGAGCAUGGGAAACGACAUUCCAUACGGGGACACGUCCGGCAAAUGAUACGGAUACGUUACAGACGUUGAAAAAACACUUAACCACAGUAUUGAACUCCGUUAAUAGUACGGACUCCGAACUCUCAGAUCUAAAAGUUACAAUCCAGCGCGAAUGCAACCAUGCAAUUCAACUAAUUCAAGGAAUAAGUCACAAAAGGACAAAACGCUCCCGGGGAAUAUUUGGUAUAUUAAAAGAUUUCAUGUUCGGGGGAGACGACAUAGACGAGCAAUUAGCAGCCUUCAGAGCAGCAGAGGAUACAAAAAUUACACAUGUGUCCGAACGUUUGACCCAAACAAAUAAAAAACACAAUGAGUUAACAGAAAAUUUACGUCACCGAAUAGACAAACUCUAUGAUGGUAUAGAUGUUCUCAGCAAAGAAUUUAAGCAUAACAAAAAUGAAGUUCUAACAAAGUACAUACAAGAAACGAUCAUGCUUACAACCGCUCUAGUACAAGACAUGAUAAAUAAGUAUCACGAAAUAGAUUCAAACCAAUUAUAUUUAGAGGAUGAAGAGAUGUUAAAACAAACUAUACGAAGAAAGAUGGCAAGUCAUUAUAAUGUUUUAGAAUACUCGGAAAUAACCAAUAGGAGGAUAGAAAAUGGUGAAAUAGUCUUUUCUAUCAAAAACGUAAUUGUAUCGAUAGAAAAUUACGAGAUGUUUAAAGUCAUAGCCAUUCCAAACUUUGCUAAUUAUACGAUUUUAGACAUACACGAAAAUACAAUAGCCAUCAACGAAACUAGUUACUUAUAUCCGAAGGAAAUUGUUAAACUGAACGAAUCGCAUUACAUAUCUUCUGAGAAAAUAAUACAACGAGAACCAGACUGCAUAGCAUCAGCAUUACUACACACAGAAAGUGGUGCAUUACACCGGGACGCGGCGGUACAAACGUCAGCGCUCACGAUCCCGAUUGUCGGCGAUGGACAUGUUCCAGCCGGCGACUUUCCGCACGAACAGCAUCAGCGUGUAUAG